AUGUACGAUUCGACGGAAGAUGAGAAAGGAGAGAAGACGUCGGAUGAAGAAGAACAUCCGAGACCGCGACCUCCAACACCAGCUGUAACGAUGCCAUCAACGAGUAACAGUCAGACACAGACGGUGCAGCUGCCAUUGACACGGAGGGAAAGGGCUCUUUCGAGUUCUAGCAAUGAGUCGAGUACCUAUAUGCCGACACUUCCAUCCAGUGUAUUUCAUGCACCGAGUGGCACUAGAGCCACUAGACAAUCCUCAACUCGUGGCAGCCAAGUCGUUUGUUUCUCUGCAACUGGUAAUUCUCGUCUCCGAAACACAAAUCGCGACGGAGAUGAUCGAUCGGCGGAGAGUAUUUGGCAAAUGGAGCAAAUCAUGGAGCUCAUCGAACAGACACACAAUCGACGAAGCCUCGGACCCGAGCUCCCCAAUCUUCCGUUAUCCAGCAUAAUGGAUCGUCGUGCAUCAUCGAACAUCCGAAAAAGCUAUUAUUAUCCGAUGAAAAUCAUGUUUCCAAAGGCUCAAAGUUUCAAUUUGAAAGUGGAUCGAAUGAGUGUGGAUCGUCUGUUCGAUCGAAACCAUACAAUUUGGUCGUUGAUUUUUGACAUUGUCCUAGCAACUACAGUAUCCCUGCUUGCCGUUCUUGUUAUUGAUGCUCGAAUAUUCUAUGAUUAUUCCCUAGUGGCAUUCUGUUUUGUCGUUGCGUCCGCUCAGUUUUCCCUUCUGAAAAGUGUCCAACCAGAUGCAUCAUCUCCAAUUCAUGGAUUCAAUUGGAUUGCCAGCUACAAUCGACCCAUUUAUUUUUGUAUCAUGGCUCUUGGAUUACUGUAUGUUCAUCAUGUGGCUGAUGGAAAAAAUGCGGAUGAGAAUCAGGACGAGCUGAUGUGGAAUUGGAAUCCGUUUAGAUUCUAUAUGAUGCCCAACUCAUCAAUUCUAAUUGCACUCCGUGAUCUCUUUUCGAUUCUUUUGCUCCUCCUCCCAGUUGCCUUUACACUUGGAUGGCUUCCCCAAUUCAAUACUUUGGCUCAUCACGUCGCCGAACAACUUGAGAUGCACAUUUUUGGAGGAACAGCUUCUUUUAGCGUCUUCUCGGCAUGUGUCCAGCUGGCGAAAAGCUCGUGUUUCUAUGUGGCUCUUUGUGUCUUAUGCCGAUUUGCCUACACAUUCUCCCCGAACUCCACUCAGAAUCCUAUGUUUUCUGCAUUCGUGGCUACAAGUGUUGCCGUUUCAUAUCUGCUCUCCAGAAUGUCAUCUAAUCAGAAUCUCACUGUGAUUCUUUUCGAUAUUCUGAUAGCUCCGUUCCGAAAGAAAUCAGAAGAAGAGGUGGAAGAAGAAGAGGCUGCGGCGAACACACCGUCCAUUUCAACGGCAAGAGAUGAAAUGCCAAAAAUGGUUAGGAAGACAGUUGGAGAACGAGCAAGAUACGAUUUGAUAUUCUCGAUUUUCUUGAUCGCAUUCUUUUUUGGACUUCACUCGACGUCGCUGUUCACUGCGACCCAACCAUAUUUCACGUAUGCCAUCACCGGAGUUUGCGUCUUUUUCGGUGUCAUCAACCACUACCUGUUCCCCCAAUUCCGAUCUCAUACACCAUGGCGUGCCGUCUCUUCCCCGUUGCUCAAAUCUGCUGAACACUCUCAAUUCGAAUCUCCAGAAGCCGCAAAACUAAUGUAUUUUGAAGCGAUUCAUCUGUGGAUGGUGGCCAUUGAGCGGAAUAUCGCAUAUCCCUUGCUAAUCAUCUCCAUAGUAACCGAGAACAGUUGGACAGUUCCAUUCCCUUGGUUCAUCCUUCCUCUCGUCUGUCUACGUCUUCUUCGUGGUGGAUUCUCUCAACCACAACUCAUGUACAUUCCAGUUGGAGUCGCUUUCCUUGCCGCUGCUUUUGAUCUCAAACAUGUCAUUGAUAUACAGUAUGAUGGAAAGUCCCUGACUUCCUGGAAUCUCUUGCCCAUUAUUAUGUACAUCUGUGUCUCGUUCUAUCCAAAAGUUGUGGAGCUGUAUCUGAAAAUCGCCUUCAUUGGAGCAUAUGUGGCUCCAUGGCAAAUCAGUUGGGGAAGUGCAUUCCAUGCUUUUGCGCAACCAUUUUCGGUUCCCCAUUCAGCGUUGAUCGCUAUCCAAACUGUCAUUUCGAGUAUCAUAAGUGCCCCACUGAACCCAUUCUUAGGAUCCUCAUUCUUCACCUCAUCCUAUGUUCGACCUGUCAAAUUCUGGGAGAAAGACUAUAAUACGAAACGAACAGAUGCCUCGACGAUGAGACUUUCAUCGCAAAUCGAUCGAGGACCAAUGAUGGAUGACAGUAAUCUGAAUGCAGUUUUCUAUGAGCAUUUGACACGGUCUCUACAAAAAAGUCUUGCUGGAGACUUGGCAAUGGGGAGAUGGGCAACGAGUGUUCAACCAGGAGAUUGUUUUGUGUUGGCGAGUUUUUAUCUCAACUCUCUGGUCCACAUCAUCGAAGUCGGCAACGGAUUCGUCACUUUCCAACUGCGUGGUCUAUUCCGCGGCACCUAUUGUCACCAGAGAGAAGUCGAAGCGAUCACAGAAGACAUUCGAGAUGGAAGUGGAUUAUGUUGUUGUUCUCCUGGAUCUCUUCCUGGGUUCUUAUCAUUCAACACUUCAUGGAAUCUCAGAUGGUUGGCUUGGGAAGUGGUAUCCGGAAAGUAUAUAAUUGAUGGAUACAGUAUUUCGGAUAACUCGGCUGUCAAUUUGUUGCAGGUUCAUGAACUCCGUCGAUUAUUGGUAACCCUUUACAUUAAAUGCAUCAUCUACUAUACAUUCAAAUCCAAUAAACUUCGACUUUGGAUGCAGAGUGAAGCGGUUGCAGUUUGGAUCAAAACUGUAAUCGAGAAACAAGACUACACGGAUGUCGAUUCAAUAUUUUGUCCAACAAACGACGAGGAUUACGAUAAUGGACAAUCGGGAAUCUCUAGAGCAAGUUUCAACAACGUCUACGCCACAUGGAUGAGUUAUUGUUCUGAAAAACGAAAGGAGACGGCACAGGAUGAAAGCGAAGACCUCAAUGAAUCAAUGGCAUUCUGUUAUCUUCUAUCACUUGUUGGACGCCGAUCUCUUGGAACCGCAUCGUAUAAUCGACAUUCGAGUGCUGCUGAAUCGUUCCUGUAUGGCCUUCACUCGCUCUUCAAGGGAGAUUUCAGAAUCACAUGUCAACGAGACGAAUGGGUGUUCACUGACAUGGAUAUGCUGCGAUGUGUCGUUGCUCCAGCAGUGAAAAUGGCUCUGAAACUUCAUCAAGAUCAUUUUGCACAAUUCGAAGAAUUCGAUGAAGAUGAAGGACUUUACACAACUAUUGGAGAUUACCAGACAAAAAUGUUCAUUUCUCACGAACAAGAUCCUGGAUGGAGAAAUGCGAUUCUGGCGAAUACUCCGAGUUUGUUAGCAUUGAGACAUAUAUAUGACGACGGACAGGACGAUUAUAAGAUUAUUAUGUUGAAUCAAAUGCAUCUCAAUAUGAGAGUCAUCAAGCUGAAUCGCGAAUGUGUCCGCGCGUUCUGGGCCGGUCAGCAACAAGAGCUCAUUUUCUUGCGAAAUCGAAAUCCCGAGCGUGGAAGUAUUCAGAAUGCAAGACAAGUCUUGAGAAAUAUGAUCAACAGUUCUGCGGAUCUCCCAGUUGGAUAUCCGAUCUACGUGUCUCCUCUAACAACUUCUCACAUUGAAUCUCACUCACAGAUUCAUAAAGUUUUUGGACCAACUUUCACUUUUGAGGGUUUCCGAGCCUUCGGUCAAAACGUGUGGGACCGUCUCCGUAAUCACUUUGGCCCAUCUGGAAGCACUUCGGCUCACCAACAACAGCAACAAGCGCAACAGGCUGCUCAAUCGGCGCCCGGCACCUCUGGAAUCCAAAUCACUAUUCCGUCGGGAACAUCAACGUCAUCUGGACCAGGAGGGCCAAAUCCAUCAUCUGGACCACCGAUUGCUCCGAGAGCACACUUCCAUGUAGGACCACCGACUCCAAGAAGCGAUGGAGAUAAGGAGACAGAUGAAGAUCAGGAGAUGAUUGUGUUAACGAUGACAACUCCUAGACAAGGAAGACGGCUCGAGAACUCAAUCGUUGAAAUGACAAAAGACGGUACCGCCCGUGUCUCUGUCCUCCAUCCCAAAUGUCGUCCUCCACUCGACGAUUCCAUUGCUGCCCCAGUCACCCUAACAGCUCCACCACAGACAGAACGAGAACGGUCGAUUAUGAGCCGUCCGAAUCUUGAAAAAAUGCUCAAAACUGGUCAAAUAAUUGGAGGAAAUCAAGAGAUGGCAAUUGGGUCGUGGGUACUAAUUAUCGAUAGUGAGCAGAUCUUCAAAUAUCUCAACGAACCAUUGAAAUCAUCCGGAGAGUGUUUGGUGGUGUGGCCAGAUGAGCUUGUGCAACAUAUGGCUGGUCGAAGCUCUUGGUUAUUCCAACCAUCUCGUGGAAUGGCUGGAAAAAUCGUUUACACAUGGUACCCAUCACAUCCACUCCGGAAUCGAAGAAGCCAUGUUGGAGAUCAUAUUCAUUUGUUAGCCCUUCCAUUGAUGCCGAAUGGCUUAGUGCCUGUGGCCGAGAAAGGACUUCGAUGUAUUGCUCCACAAGAUAUCAGCACGUUAGGAUUGUCUGGAUGUACCCCACAGGAACAACAGGAAUUCCAAACUCGCUACAUCGAUGCCCUAAUCCUUUCAAAAAUCGUCACGGGUACCGUAUCCGCUCGUACUUCAUUCCCCAAGAAACCCCCAAUUCCACCUCUAAGCAGUCGUGAUCGUGAUAGAGAUCGAGAGGCUGGAACGUCGUCUUCAACCACGCCUACUCCAGCUGCCACAUCA